AAUGUGAAAAUGGGCGGGCUCUAGAAUGACCGUUACCUUCUAGACUUCACAAGGUGUUCCGUUGACAGACGCAAAGUUCCUUCAAAUCCCUCCGCCACACAAACACAUCAUCUUUCACUCUCUCUUCUACCUCCUACCAUGGCUUCUUUUCUUCAAAAUCACCUCAAUUCUUCUCUCUCCACCUCCACUCCCAACCUCCAUUGGACCCCAAACCUCCACCCUUCCCCUCGAAGACCUCACUUUUCUGCCAAACCUAGGGUUUUAACUUUCCGGGUAACUUACAAGUGUCGCCUCGGCGUAUCCUCUUUUCGUUGCUUCUGCAGCUCAGGGACCGAACUUCAAAAUGCAUCGCUCCAACAACGAACUGAACCAAGGCCCUUCGAUAUCAAUCUCGCUGUUAUUCUCGCCGGUUUCGCUUUCGAAGCAUACACUAGCCCCCCUGAAAAUUUUGGGAAGCGUGAACUUGAUGCUGCAGGCUGUACGACUGUAUAUCUUUCAGAGUCAUUUGUUCGAGAGACAUAUGAUGGUCAACUGUUCAUCAAAUUGAAGAAGGGCAUUGAUUUACCUGCAAUGGAUCCAUGGGGAACCAGCGAUCCAUAUGUGGUGUUUCAACUGGAUGGUCAGAUUGCUAAAAGCAAGACGAAAUGGGGGACAAAGCAGCCGAUAUGGAAUGAGGACUUCACUCUUAACAUCAAGGAGCCUUCAACUAAAUAUGUUCAGGUUGCUGCAUGGGAUGCAAACUUAGUGACUCCACAUAAACGAAUGGGUAAUGCAGGCAUCAAUCUGGAAUUCCUUUGUGAUGGAAAUUCGCAUGAAGUAACUGUGGAGUUAGAAGGGAUGGGUGGAGGUGGAAAGUUGCUACUGGAGAUCAAGUAUAGGACUUUUGAUGAAAUUGAAGAUGACAAACGAUGGUGGAGAGUCCCCUUCAUUUCUGAAUUUCUUCGCAGUAGUGGUUUUGUUUCUGCAUUAAACAAGGUUGUUGGAUCUGACACCGUGCCCGUGCGUCAGUUUGUAGAAUAUGCUUUUGGAAAGUUAAAGUCAUUCAAUGAUGAGUACCAAUCAAAUCAUCUUUUAUUAACGAAGAGAAACGAUGAAGAGGACACAUCUUCAAACGUGCAGACAAAUACCGAAGUCUCUAUAACUGAUACAAACUAUCCCAUAGAAGGAAAAUCUGAUGAAGUUGAAAUAAGCAAUAAUACUGUUGAAAGUGGACAGUCGCUGAAAGAAGUGACACAAGGUCUCUUAGCAAUGCAAUUCGAUAAACAAUUUUGGACAAACUUGGCUGAUGUAACAAACCAAAAUAUUGUCAAGAAGCUAGGUCUUCCUGCCCCUGAGAAAUUAAAGUGGGAUGGAUUUGAGUUACUAAAUAAAAUUGGUAUGGAGGCGCGAAAGAGUGCUGAAGCAGGUUAUAUCGAAUCAGGCCUUGCAACACCCAAAAGUCUGGAUGUCGAUCAUGAACAGAAGAACAUUAGAAUGGUGGACUCAACACUAACUGAUGUGAAGAAAGUAACAAGAGAUCUAUUAAGUCAAACCGAGUCAGUUUUAGGGGGAUUGAUGGUUCUGACAGCAACAAUUUCUCAAUUGAACAAGGAAGCACAGCUCAUAGGAAAGAAAGAUACUAAAGAUGAGGGCUCAAAAAAAUUCGGAGAAAAGGUUGGUGGUUCAGGGGAUGGAUCAUUGUUGGAUAAUAGGAAUUCUGAGGAAAUGAAAGCACUAUUCGCAACUGCAGAAAGCGCCAUGGAAGCUUGGGCAAUGCUUGCGAUGUCACUUGGCCAUCCUAGUUUCAUAAAGUCAGAAUUUGAAAAGUUAUGUUUCUUAGAUAACGAGUCUACAGACACGCAGGUUGCAAUUUGGCGUGAUUUUAUGCGGAGGAAACUUGUUGUUGCCUUCAGGGGCACAGAACAAUCAAGAUGGAAGGACUUGAGAACAGACCUGAUGCUAGUCCCUGCAGGGUUAAAUCCUGAAAGGAUAAGUGGAGAUUUCAACGAGGAAAUUCAAGUUCACAGUGGUUUCUUAAGUGCGUAUGAUUCAGUACGAAUGAGAAUUAUUUCCCUCAUUAAAAAGGCCAUUUAUUAUAAUGAUGAUCGUGCUGAACCACCAGUCAAAUGGCAUGUUUAUGUUACAGGUCACAGUUUGGGUGGUGCAUUAGCUACACUUCUUGCUCUUGAACUUUCCUCAAGCCAACUUGCAAGGCACGAGGCAAUAACUGUGACCAUGUAUAAUUUUGGAUCUCCUAGAGUUGGCAACCGGCAAUUUGCAGAAAUUUACAACAAGAAAGUAAAAGACAGCUGGAGAGUUGUAAACCAUAGAGACAUUAUACCAACAGUUCCUCGUUUGAUGGGUUAUUGCCACGUGGCUCAGCCUGUGUAUCUUGCGGCAGGAGAUCUGAAAGAUGCAUUAGAAAAUGUGGAGCUUCAAGCAGAUGGUUACGAAGGCGAUGUCAUUGGGGAGUCCACACCAGAUGUUUUAGUCAAUGAAUUUAUGAAGGGAGAAAGGGAACUUGUUGAAAAGCUUUUGCAGACAGAAAUUAACAUAUUCCGUUCAAUUAGAGAUGGAAGUGCGCUAAUGCAACACAUGGAAGAUUUCUACUAUAUUACACUGCUAGAGAAUGUGAGGUCGAACUACCAAAAUGUUGGCAACUCACAAUCAGACCAACAGGCUUGAGUUGUGAAUUUGGAUACAUCAAGUCACUUCAAUAUUUACCGUUGCAUUGAUCUUUUGUGGCAUUAUUCCAUUCCAAUUCAACCGGCUUUAGUAUAGUAUUGUGGCCUACUACUCAUAAUAGCUUGUACAAUAUUACAAUCAAAACUAGUUUCUAGCUUGUCUUGUUUUUAGACGUUAUGUAUAUUUAACCUUUUUUUUUUC